AUGGCUGGCCCUCCGAAUAAGCGCCAGAAGCGCGAAGAGUACAAGAAGCACCAGGAAAGCUUCAAGGCAGGUGGUGACGCCCCGGCGAGCCGCAAGAUCGCACUGCCCAAGAAAAAGUUCUACCGCCAACGCGCCCAUGCCAAUCCCUUUUCAGAUCAUGCGUUGAAAUAUCCUGCCAGUCCGUCCGAAAUGGACUGGGCGGAGCACUACCCUGCAUUUGUGCAGACCGGAGGAGAGAACGGCGAGCCCAGCAUUAUGACCGAAGAGGUCGAAAUUGCAGAUAUUGGGUGCGGAUUCGGCGGUCUGCUGGUGGCAUUGUCGCCAGUAUUUCCGGAUUCCCUCAUAUUGGGAAUGGAGCUUCGGUCGCAGGUGACCGACUACGUGGUCAACCGGGUCGCAGCAUUGCGUGCGCAGAAUGAGGGCAAGUCACUGUCUACCACGGGUGGACCGUCUCUCUACCAGAAUGUAUCCGCUCUGCGUACGAACAGCAUGAAAUUUCUGCCCAACUAUUUCCGGAAAAGUCAACUGUCCAAAAUCUUCUUGUGUUUUCCGGAUCCGCAUUUCAAGCAGAGGAAACACAAGGCCCGCAUAGUGUCUACGCAGCUUAACGCCGAAUAUGCUUACGUUCUCAAACCCGGUGGGCUGGUGUAUACCAUCACUGACGUCGAGGAGCUGCAUCAGUGGAUGGUGAGGCACUUUGAGGGCGAGGAAGCUGGAGAUGCCCGGGAACUGUGGGAACGAGUUUCCGACCUCGACGGAGACCCGUGCGUCAGGAUCAUGAGCGAGGAGACGGAGGAAUCGAAGAAGGUCACCAGGAAUGGAGGACAGAAGUUCGUCGCCGUCUUCAGACGCAAAGAAAACCCUGAGUGGCCAGAUUGA